CACGGGCGGCGCUGGCCCGGCGAGCGGCGGUGACCCGACCGCUCGCCGGGUCAGUCUGGGCGCGUGCUCCGCCGAGUCACGUCCGCAGUGAGCAGUGAGUAGCCGCCGGUAUUCGAGGCGGCUACGAGCCAAUCCGUGCGGAUGGCGGAAGUGGAGGAGCUCAAGUGUCAGGUGGCCUCUAUCUCAGAGAGGUUUGACCGGCUCGAGGGUCUCGUCGAGAAGAUCUCGAAACAGCUAAGUGCUUCUCAGUGCACAGAGCAAAGCGAUAAAGACGACAAUGUCGGUCGUCGACAGGUCGUCCCUGACGAGCAGCAGCAUCAAGUGAUGCCAAGUGCCGUGCUGGGUUCAUUCAGCGAAGUGCAGGCCGAAUUUCGGGCCAUUCGCGACAGCGUCGCCAAGGUGAAGCUACCGCCAGACCUGUUGGUUGGCGACAGUCGUGCGGGCGUCAGCAGGGCAGACCUGCCGAGAUUCAACAUCAUACAGAAGUCGGCGCGCUAUCAGGAGACGGUACUCAAGCUCCUGUCCGCCUGCGAUCCGGAGGACGCGGCGCUCAACCAGGUAUCGGCUGUCAGCCUGGCACACCUGCGUUACCUGCAGGAGGAGUACACGCAACUUCUGGUAUCAGCCCAGUUCGACGACGGGACGGCAAAGCUGUUUUCUACGCUACAGCAAAAUCCGGCAGCUUUCACGCCGAACUCCCUCGAGAACCUUCAGCGAGCCGUGACCAUCGCCGGGGCUCGGCAAUCUCACCAGGCGAUCGUGGGAAGACUUGCUGCUGUGGACGGACGAGGCAGUAGCGGACUUGCGGUGGUGGAUCGAGUCGCUGGACGGCUGGAACGGCAGGGUGCUGCUGCCGCCGGCACCGUUCGAUGUGCAGCUGAGCACGGACGCGUCGGCUUCCGGCUGGGGAGCGCUGCUCUCCGAUCCGGCGGGCAAAGCCGCUUCCGGAUUUUGGACCGUCUCGGUGAGCCACGAAUCGUCCAACUUUCGGGAGAGGAAGGAGACUGAGAGGUAGAAAUGUGUGCAGAGAGGAUUAUGGUGUGUUACUGCGGCGUGUAGUCGGCGACGCUCCAGACAAGUGCAUUAUGUUUAUUGUUUUGAACAAUACAUGUUCAUUCCGCCCGUGUCGGGCGCCAGCAAC